UUCAAACAGUAUUGGGUUCACUAAAGCAUGUGCACAGGGUGAUGUCACGUCACUUGCAGUUUCUUUAGAGAAGGAAACGAACAUGCAAUCUAGAAGGGAGGACAGAACUUUAUAGUGGCAAUUUGGCUUUGGCUUGCUUAACUUCUGAGGUGGUACUAGCUGAGAAAAGGAAUCAGCGCUGGGAGAGGACAGCAAAAACAACCCCCUCCUCCCACGCAUUUGGCUUUGCAAAGGGAGUUUGCUAGUUCUUACCGACAGCAUUAGCACUGUGAGUGCAGAGGACAAGGCAGGACAUUUUCACUAUGCAUGUACAGAGAAGCAAGACAGGGCACAGAGAAUGGAAGGAGCACCGGAACAGCAUUUAACAACCUUUUUCCAACAAACUGAUUCAUUCUCGGUUUGGAAUUACAGAUCACAGAACAGGACAGGGAAGCUUCCCUUGCUGGAUUGCUUAUUAACUUUUCACAAUCUCCCCUGAUGGUGGAAGACACAUUCAAAAAGGGAAUUUCGUUAACGCUUUGAUUGUGGAAUAUAUUGGAAACGAGUGCGUAUACGGAUUGCUCUGGACAAACUUGUGAAUAGAUCGCUGGGAUUCUGUUAGCAGAAGAUGAACGAAACUUGCGAAUUGAAGUCGCUCAAGGAGAACAUCAAUUUCAUCUACGCGGUCACCUACACUGUGAUCCUGGUGCCCGGGCUGAUUGGUAACGUGCUGGCACUUUGGGUGUUCUAUGCAUAUGUUAAGGAGACCAAGAAAGCUGUCCUCUUCAUGAUGAACCUGGCCAUCGCAGACCUGACCCAGGUGCUUACCCUGCCGCUUCGAAUAUACUACUACCUGAGCCACUCGUGGCCUUUUGGAGAGUUCCUCUGCAUGUUUUGCUUCUACCUAAAGUAUGUGAACAUGUAUGCCAGCAUCUUCUUCCUUGCCUGCAUCAGCAUGCGGCGAUGUAUGUUUAUCAUCUACCCGCUGAGUUACAGUGGCACCAAGGGCAGGUUUGACAUUUACCUCUGCAUUGGGGGCUGGGUUUUUGUCUUCUUGUCCUGCCUGCCUUUUCCUCUGCUGAGGCAAAGCUCAAACAACUCCACCUCCUUCAACAAAUGCUUCGCAGAGCUCCCAGUAAUGAAGGUCAGUGUGGCGACGAGUGUGACCAUGAUGACCCUGGCUGAACUGAUGGGCUUCGUGGUCCCGCUCGUGGUGGUCCUCACCUGCUCCUGGAAGACCGCUAUGUGUCUGAGGGAGAAGAUCUAUGUGCUGCAGGACAGCGGCGAGAAGCGCAAGGCCUUCAAGAUGGUUCUCACGUGCGCCAUCGUUUUCCUGGUAUGUUUUGCCCCGUACCACAUCAGCUUCCCCUUCCACUUCGUGGCGUUGUCGGAAACAGUGUUCACCUGCAGCAUGAAGAAGGCCAUCCUCAAGCUACACCCUGUCACCCUGUGCCUGGCCAGUCUGAACUGUUGCCUGGACCCUGUUAUGUACUACUUUACCACAGACGAGUUCAAGAGGAGGCUAUCCUGGCAGGAGCUGCCAGAGACUUUUCAACUUCAUAGAAAGUCAUCUUGUUCAGGGAGAGAAGACAAGCCGCUCUGAAGUUGGCUAUUGGGGAGAUGCCCAUGGAUGAAGCAACUAAUGACAUUCUGUAAAGCAGUUCAGUAUAUUGAGAUUAAAUAUUCAACUCAAUUAAAAAAACCAAGCCUGAGACUGUCCUCCCUCAGGGCUCAAGCUGUUUUCAACCUUAUACUACAUUUUGUCUAGCACACUGGGCAUUUUAUUACAUGGUCCAAAUUGGGGCAAUCACAAUGAAGUAUAGCAUAUUUUACACUCAGUCAACUUAAGGUUCACUAUGUAUUGCCCUGUCAAAACACAUUGCUUUUUCUAUGGCCUUGCAUCUAUGCUUCCUUUUGUUGAUUUUAUUUUUUUUUUUAACAACCAAUGAAAAUGUGUUUAUUUCUCUAUUGUAUCAAUAGGUAUACUAUCAAUCCCAGGAUGGAGUGAAAACCAGAAAAUGUACCUUUUUUGUUACAGUUCAGCACAUAGGACUGCUAAUUCUACCCUUAUAAAUCUGUUAUUUUAAUCUGUUGUUCUUUUUUUCAGAUACAUAUAUUUUUUAUACAAGUGUAUUAGCUGGGAGGA